CAUCUUGCCAUCACUAUGUAUUAGUCACUACUGUUAACGUAAGGUGCAGACGACAAACAUGUAAUCUGUUAUCAAUAUCAUAGAAUUGUCUUCAAGUUCACUUGAUUUUAUCAUAAAUAGGUUAUUAAAGUAUAUUAAUUAAUAUCUCGAAUAAAUGACAUUGUUUGUUUUCUAGAAAAUUAUUAAUUGAUUAGCUAUUCAGCACCAAUGAUACUUAAGGAGUGAUGGAGCAAAGGGAAUGUUUCAUGUUCAAGUUGAGGUUAUAUGUACAAUUAUACGAGUAAUAAACUAAUUUUAAAUCAACUACUAUUCAUUCAUUGAUAUUAUAUAUGGUUUGCCGAUGGAAGAGAAUUCAGAUAAUGGAACGAAAUAUAUUUCACUGCAGCCGUUCAUUCACCAAGUAGGCGGUCAUUCGUCAAUGCUCUGCCUGGAUGAAGCGACCGUUUGUAAGCCUGUUGUCGAGCGUGAGCAGUUGUUUUACGAAAGUCUUCCCGAAAGCCUGAGAUCUUUUGUACCACGCUAUUAUGGAAUCAUAAAAGUUCGCCUUAUCCAAGAGGGCGAGUACAUUACGUUAUUGGCUUCUAGUCCGGACAAUUACAGCCCAAAGCCUUCUUCUACUUUAAAACGACUAAGACUGCGGAGGAAUGGGAGCAUCGAAGUGGAGGGGGCAUCACUGUCGGCCAUGUUUGAUGCAGAGCCAGCAGUGGACGACGAUGCUGCUACUAUCAACCCCUGGGUACUCAAGUGUCACAAAGAGUACAUCACAAGGCUCAUGGCGAAGUUGGAGGAGGAACAUUGUCCUCUCAAAUCCACAGACUUUAUUGUAUUAGAGAAUCUGACGUGGAGGUUCAGCCUGCCGUGUAUCCUGGACCUUAAGAUGGGGACGAGACAGUACGGAGACAACGACAGCCUUGCGAAGCGACAGAGCAAGAUGGUCAAAGUAGUCACCACGACUUCGGCUAAACUUGGUCUCAGGAUAGGAGGCAUGCAGGUAUAUCAAGCGUCAUCUGGUCGUUUCCUCUGUCGUAACAAACUGUAUGGGCGCACUCUAACUGCUGCAGGCUUCCAAAGCGCUGUACGCAACUUCCUUCAUGAUGGAACACGGUUGCGUACCGACGCGUUGCCUCCGCUGAUACGUAGGCUAGAGGAGUUGCGGAAUGCUCUCAUGCAGCUAGAAUCCAUCAGACUGUACACAACAUCUCUCUUACUCCUCUACGAGGGUCAUCAUUCUAUCUCUAAUGAAGAAACGUCUGGAGAAAAGAACGAAAUGAGAAGAUCAAGAAGCAUUGAACGAGAGGAGCGAGCGGAGAGAGCGAACAGUGUAGAUAGGCAGGACGAGAUGCUCAAACAACCUACCGACUUCCGAGUACGAUGUAGCUCUAGCUGUAAUGCCAACGAAAAAAAACUUUUCAGGCCUGUGGAGAAGCACAGAGAAGAGGAGCCUUUGACGGAUGUGCGCAUUAUUGACUUUGCGCACUCGACCCACCGUGCGAUGGAUGACAGAGUUUUGUAUUCCGGUCCCGACAACGGUUUCCUCUUCGGUCUCAACAAUAUGAUCCAGCUCCUCAAAUCCAUUUUGGUUGAUGCUGACCAAGCUUGUUAGUUUUUGUAUCUUUUACGUCAAUGUUACGAACCCUAUUGGGCUCAUAGUCAUUAGAGUUAGGCAAAUGACUGAUUGUUUGUUUUACACAGUUUACAAUUAUAUUUUGUGAUAAGCAUUUUGACAAUUUGUAGCUUGUUUUUACAAUAAAUAUUUAAUUUGUUAUGGUUUACUUUUAACUAUGAUCUUCUUUGACCAAACUAGGAUUAAAUAAUAGGUUUUGUGCUUUCAGUAAAAUGUUAUGUUGCAAAUUGCAAGCUCAAUUGUUUAUAGAUUUGUUAUUUAGUAGUUAUUGUGAUAGUUACUGUUAACCUUGUUUAUUUAUUUAAUGAGUUUAUUAAUCUGUACUUUUGUAUAGUUUUUAUUAUUAUACCGAAGUCAUGUUCAAUGCAGAUUCACUGCCCAGAUUUAGUUUUGAAUAGUUGAUCUAUUUAUUAUAUUAUACAUUACUGCAUUGAAAGUUGUCUAGGACACUUUUGUUUGCAUUAUUAAAAUUGAAGGCAAUUGUUUAGUGAGAUACAAACAUUGUACUUAUAAACAUUUAUACAAAAUUUCAGAGUUGUUUUAGUUUAGAUUUUAAAGUUGUACAUAAGAUGCAUGUUUACUUUAUGUUGUGAUACCGACUGUAUGUUGAAAUUUAAAAAUUAAAACCCACAAAACUUGUACUUUUUAAAAAUAUAAGCGUUAAACACUGAUUAUUAAUUAGGAGGAUGGAAAGUGGAAAAUUUGUGUUAUACAUUUAAUUACACAAUGUUCAGAAAAUUAUGUUGCAUUAUAAUAUUUAUUAGUUAAAGUGAAAUAAGAAAAAUAAGGUAGAUAAAGAAUAUGUUAUGUUCUCUUGUGAGUGAUAAUUGUACUUUAUUUGAAAUAUACAUACCACUGAUAAAAAUA